CCGAGCCAAGGGCGCAGUGGCCGUGGCCGUGGCCGUGGCCAAGGCUCAACUUUCGGCCGCUGCUCGGACCCGUCGGGCCGCCGGCGCCCUGCUCCCCCGGCCGUAGCCGCCCCCGCGCUCCCGUGCUCGGCGCCAGGGCAUGGGCCAGGGGCGCGGGGUCAGGCGGCUUCCCGCGGGGCCCCGACCUGCACCGGCUUCGCCAUGAAGACCCUUAUAGCCGCCUACUCCGGGGUCCUGCGAGGUGAGCGUCGGGCCCAGCUGCCUGGAGGGAGAGCUCUGACUGAGGAGCCAUGCUGUCCGGCACUGGCUCCAGCAUCCUCUCCGCCCUCCAGGACCUCUUCUCCGUUACGUGGCUCAAUAGGUCCAAGGUGGAAAAGCAGCUACAGGUCAUCUCGGUGCUACAGUGGGUCCUGUCUUUCCUCGUGAUGGGAGUGGCCAGCAGUGUCAUCCUCAUGUACACCUUCUGUACCGAUUGCUGGCUCAUUGCCGCGCUCUACUUCACCUGGCUGGUGUUUGACUGGAACACUCCCAAGAAAGGUGGCAGGAGGUCACAGUGGGUCCGAAACUGGGCUGUGUGGCGCUACUUUCGAGACUACUUUCCCAUCCAGCUGGUGAAGACACACAACCUGCUGACCACCAGGAACUACAUCUUUGGAUACCACCCUCAUGGUAUCAUGAGCCUGGGUGCCUUCUGUAACUUCAGUACAGAGGCCACAGAAGUGAGCAAGAAGUUCCCUGGCAUAAGGCCCUACCUGGCCACACUGGCUGGCAACUUCCGGAUGCCAGUGCUGCGGGAGUACCUGAUGUCUGGAGGCAUCUGCCCUGUGAACCGGGACACGAUAGAUUAUUUGCUUUCAAAGAACGGGAGCGGCAAUGCUGUCGUCAUCGUGGUGGGGGGCGCUGCCGAGUCCCUGAGCUCCGUGCCUGGCAAGAACGCAGUCACCCUGCGCAGUCGCAAGGGGUUUGUGAAACUGGCCCUGCGCCAUGGAGCGGACCUGGUUCCCAUCUACUCCUUCGGGGAGAAUGAGGUAUACAAGCAGGUGAUCUUUGAGGAGGGCUCCUGGGGCCGAUGGGUCCAGAAGAAGUUCCAGAAGUACAUUGGCUUUGCCCCGUGCAUCUUCCAUGGCCGAGGCCUCUUCUCCUCCGACACCUGGGGGCUGGUGCCCUACUCCAAGCCCAUCAGCACCGUGGUGGGUGAGCCCAUCACCAUCCCCAAGCUGGAGCACCCAACCCAGCAGGACAUCGAUCUGUACCACGCCAUGUACAUGGAAGCCCUGGUGAAGCUCUUCAACCAGCACAAGACCAAUUUUGGCCUCCCGGAGACUGAGAUCCUGGAGGUGAACUGAGCCUGUGUGCAGGGGUCAGCUUCCGGGAGGAACCAGCUGCAAAUCGUUUUCUACCAAGUUUCCGAGUGCUUUUUGUUCUGUAAAUUUGGAAGCGUCAUGGGUGUCUGUGGGUUAUUUAAAAGAAAUUAUAAUACUUUUGUUAAACCAUUACAAUGUUAGGUCUUUCUUAAGAAGGAAAAAGUGAAUAUUUCAAGCUCUUUCACUUCCUAUUUGUCCUGUUCUAGGUGGUUGCUGACACAUCUCAGCCUUUAUGGUUUCUCAACCAACCUCUCUUCUCCCCUUCCCAAAAUUACAGAGAAAACUAAGUCCUGGGGAAGAAGGACAGCCAUUAGUGACUCAGUCCAGUUAGAUUAUUUGCCCUUUGUCCCUGGGGGAUGAGGGGCAGAAGCCUCCUCUAAUACAAACACCUCUACAGCCAGCUACCCCACGCUCGACUGCAGGACGAGCCCCUCCUGCCAAGGGGAAGACUCAGAGGGAACAAGGGUCCCCAUUUUGAAGAGCGCAGGGAUCAGCAUCUGGGAUAUUCAAGCUCGAGUCUCCUUUCUGCUGCCUGCCACGGCCCCAGUCUCUGAAAUCUGAACCUGGACUGGCCUCUGGAGAGAGGAUAGGGGUGGUGACGAUCCCAUGCUGGGGAGUGGAGCCGUCCAGCCUCAUUGUCUCUCGAAUUAUCAAGCCCCACCACGUUCUGGUUGGAGUGACUGGUUUUCCUCCUCCCCUAGACCCAGCAUUGGCCUAAAUCACACACCUCCCCGUGGCCUCGGUUUGCUUAACCCACACGCCCAGCAGUGGAUGUGAGGAAGGGGCCCAUUUCCUGUUUACAGAGGGACCUGGCCUUCUGAGCAGCAGAUUGGUUCCAGAAGUUUCCCAAACCCAAACCUCAUAUAUGUGUGCCUUUCUGAGAGGGGGCCAGGGAGGAAACCUAGUCCUCUGUGUAUUCUGUUUUCUCUUGAUGAGAUCAUUAUAGCAUGUCCGACUUUUGUAUAUUCCUAAAUGAAUAAAUGGAAGUGAGCAUC